GGUUGCUAGCAGUCUGGAAAUAUUUUUGUUUUCUUUUUCUUGACUCUUGGUUUUCUCUAUUUGGUUGCUUGGGGAAAAGGUCAAUUUUUUUUUUUCUGCAAUCUGUUUUUGCUACCUUUUGAAACAAUAAGAUUCUGUGCUUUAAGCCGAAAUCUUAUGUGUUCUAUGAUAUUAACGUUUGUAAACAUAGUGAAAGCCAAUUCUUUGGCCAGAAGGGGAACUUGGUUGCUUCUUGCCUGUGGUAUUAACGUCUUUGAAACUAAAGUUUGAACACAGUCGACACAACUGGCUGUGUUCAUAAACAAUUAAGGAUCGUUAAUUUGGUCAGAGUGCUAUAGCUGGACUUAAAGAUGACUGAUAAUGGAAGAGUGCAUCCAGACUGUGUUAAUGCUUCCAAUCCCUACCAUGAAUGUGGUGUAGCUUGCCUUGAAAAAAUUGCGCAGGGCCAGGGAUGGAAAGAGAAAAAGAAAUCAGAUUAUCGCAAUGGUACAAAGGGAGGUGGACUUGGCAAAAAGAUGGAUGGAGAAAAAAGAGGAAACUCGAAUUGUCCUAAAGCAUCUAAUCCUUUCCAUCAAUGUGACAAAUUUUGCUCUUAUAGAACUACUGAAGCCAAUUCUCAGGGGGUUAACAAAGAAUCAGGGUCCUUCAUCCUUGAUACUUCUCUAAGCUUUGGUAGAAAAAAGAAGGGAUCUGAAUCUCAGCCGAGGUCCCCUAAAGUAGCCAACAAUGUCUCUGCUGCAAAAGCAGUGUACCCUGCUGAUUUGUCGUCACCUCGGUCGCCUUUUCCAACCAAAAAAAAAGUGGAAUCAGAUAAUGGUCAUUCAUCGUCUUCGUCUCGGCAACAUUCUGAAGAAAGUUAUUCUCAAGAUCAUUCUUUUGACAAGGGUCAAGUUCUAGCGCCUGAACUUGUGCCUGUAUCUGGGAACUUAAAGCCUGAUGGUCCCAAGAACCUUUCACUUGGUAGUUUUACCUGUUUUGCCAUUGCGCCACCAACUGAACAGGAUGACAAGGAAAAGAGUCCUUUGCCUGGGGCAAUUAAGAAUGUGGAAAUAACUAAUGGCCGAAGUACUGAGUCUCUAAAUUUCACUUUCUCAGGCAUUUCCCGUGCUACAGAAGGGAGUGAUGAUGAAGAGAUUCUGUCUGUUAUUUCUGAUUCCUGUGUCUCAGUUGGGAAAUAUCAUGUGAGAGCAAAUAGUGCCUCUAUUUUGCAGUCAAUCAUUGAUAAAUAUGGGGACAUAGCAGCAAACUGCCGGUUGGAAUCAACUUCGCUGCGGACCUAUUACCUGGAAUGUCUCUGCUCUGUGGUUCAGGAGUUGCAAUCCACUUCUCUUAACCAGCUAACAAAAUCCAAAGUCAGAGAACUGUUGGCUGUUCUUAAGGAUGUAGAGUCGGCACAAAUUGAUGUCAGCUGGCUGCGGAGCAUACUGAAUGGACUCACAGAAGCAGUCGAGCUAAAUAAUAAGCAACAAGCUGCUGAGGAAGCAAAAACUAACUGCGAUCAUGUUAUAGAAUCAACAAGGAAAGAGCUAGAAUCCAUGGUGGAGGAAUUGGGUCAGAAAGAACAAGCAGUUGCAAACACUAAGGCAAGAAUUGAAGAAAUAAGUGCUCACUUGAGCGAGCUCGAGCUUGAAUCUUCUGAGUUGAGUGAUACUAUCCUGUCAUUAAGGUCCAAGAUUGAUAAUUUUCAUUCCAAACCGUUGGGAGAUCAGAUCUUGUAAUGCUACUGAGGCUAGAAUAACAGUAAUUGAUGACUUGUUGAGUGCAUUCUGGUAUGUUGUAUGCUUGCAGCAAGGUAAUUGUAUGAUACAAAAUAUGUGGGUAAUAUUAGGCUUUCUAUUUUUAGUACCUAAAAUAAGUGUAUGCUAAUGCUACAAAACAUGUAGUUGGUUUGAGGAGAGUCCUCUACUAAUUUAUUUUUUCUUUUCUUUUC